AUUCGUCGUUUCCGUAAUAAUUUAGCGUCUUUGAUACACGUGCAUGGAGGGUUCAGUUGAAAUAUAAUUUAGAACUAUAAUUUAAAUAUUAUACGUUAAAAUGGGGAAACCAGGGUUUUCACCAGGUGGAGGAGGUGGAGGUGGCAGAGGUGGAGGUUUUGGAGGUAGAGGAGGCGGAGGCGGUGGAGGCCGCGGUGGUGGAUUUAAAGGAGGAAGAGGUGGAGGAGGUGGAGGUGGCAGAGGUGGAGGUUUUGGUGGUAGAGGAGGUGGCGGCAGAGGAGGCGGAAGAGGUGGAGGUACUCCACGUGGACGAGGUGGUGGUGGUGGUCGUGGAGGAAGAGGACGUGGAGGUGGAGGUUUCAAAGGAGGCAAAACUGUUGUCAUAGAACCACAUCGUCAUGAGGGAGUUUUUAUAGCCAGAGGAAAAGAAGAUGCAUUAGUUACAUUAAAUUUAGUACCAGGUUCAGAAGUAUAUGGUGAGAAGAGAAUCAGUGUUGAGGGUCAAAAUGGAGAAAAGAUUGAAUACAGAGUAUGGAAUCCCUUUAGAUCAAAAUUAGCUGCAGCCAUACUUGGAGGUGUAGACCAAAUUCACAUGCCUCCUGGAAGCAAAGUCUUAUAUUUAGGUGCUGCAUCUGGAACUACAGUAUCACACGUAGCAGAUGUUGUUGGACCAGAAGGAUUGGUAUAUGCUGUGGAAUUUUCUCACAGAUCUGGUAGAGAUCUAAUAAAUGUUGCUAAGAAACGGACAAAUAUUAUUCCUAUAAUUGAAGAUGCAAGGCAUCCACACAAAUACAGAAUGCUAGUUAGUAUGGUGGAUACAAUAUUCGCAGAUGUAGCACAACCAGAUCAGGCCAGAAUAGUAGCAUUAAAUGCUCAAUACUUCUUGAAAAAUGGUGGUCACUUUGUUAUUUCUAUUAAGGCAAGUUGUAUAGACUCUACAGCUCAACCCGAAGCAGUAUUCGCGGCAGAAGUAAAGAAACUUAUCGCGGAUAAAUUGAAACCACAAGAACAAAUUACAUUAGAACCAUACGAAAGAGACCACGCUGUAGUAGUUGGUGUCUACAGGCCAGCACCUAAAAAAGCAACUUAAAAUUAUAUAUAUAUGUAUAUAUGUUUUAUCUAAUUAUUAAGAUCACCUUAAUUGACCACGAUUUUUUAGAAUGUACGCAAUAAGCUUUGUUUACCUACAAGUAAAACUUCAAAAUGUUCAUAUUUGUUAACGAAAAACUUUAAACAGUAUGUAAUAUAAUGUAAAGAAGAUACUUGUGCAGACAACUUAGACGUUUUCUAUAAAAGCAAUUUAACGCGUCCUUGUACCUGUACAGUUGGUACAUCAAAUGAAAUGUACACGUAUGAUUGUCUAAUAUAAAAGUUUAUAUUUUGAAUAUCCUCAA